CUGGGGACCAGUCAUUGGGUACUGGGGACCAGUCAUUGGGUACUGGGGACCAGUCAUUGGGUACUGGGGACCAGUCAUUGGGUACUGGGGACCAGAAUCCGUCAACAGCAGCAGCUACUACUGUCUCCACUGGUUCCCAGGCCCAUGGGGAGUCUGUGUGUUCCCAGUCACCCCCUCUCUCCAACGGCCUGUGUGAUUAUGAAGAGGACCCCUCAACCCCUCUCCCUCAGCCGCGGGCAGCCACCGUGGUGCCUGACAUUUCCACGGUAACCGUGGCGGAGACCGUGCCGGUCGGGCGCCCUCAUCCGCCCCCUAUCCACCACCUCCUUGUCUGCCCCGCCGCCCUUCCAACCCCCUCCGAUGAAGACGAGACUCCGAAAGCCAAGGAGCCGUCCACCACCUUGCCUAAGGAAAAAUACUGCCAGCUGCAGGUGACACCAUCAGUGCCUGAGUCAUCGUCGAUGACCCCGGAAACAAGCACACAAGCAGCAGGACCACAAGAGCCGUCCACACCAGUGCCUGACAAGAAACUAGACUGUGACCAGCGGUUACCUGGGGCAUCAUUGGACAGUUCAGCAUCCCAACAACCCUCCAGUAUUGAGGUACUCAUCAUUAGCCAGCCCAGUGCCCCCCCUCAGGACCCUGCUCUCGAGGCGGAGGGGUCCUCGGCUCUCAGCACAGACCACAUCAACUUCUUCAGCGCCAGAGAGAAGUUCCAGGGCCUGACUCAGGAUGGGAGGACCCGUUGCCUUUCUGAUCAGGCACUGCAGCAGACACCUCAGCCCAUACCCAGGGAUUCAGGACAGGAGCAGCAGCAGCAGGAGGACCCCUCUGCUGUGGCGACUGGGAAGGGAGAAGAAGAGGAGGAGGUCGAGGAGAGGAAGAGGGAGAGCAUUGUCUCUGUUCACCUCAUAGUCACAGAACUGGAGUCCAUGACGCACGCUGUGGCCCCUCCCCCUGGCCCUCCCAGCCAACCAGAGCCUACUGUUUCCCAAGACCACGAAGUGGGUCAGUCAAACCAGGAAGUAGAGGGCAAAGAUGCAGAGUCACAGCAGGAAGUGGAGGUUGUCAAAGAGGAAGUGAAGGACGAAGCAGAAGAGAUGGAAGCAAUCUCCCACUCUCCUCCCGACCCUCACUCUGCUGAUUGGACGAUGGGCUCUGUGCGCCGCGUCACCCAACAGCUGGAGCAGCGAAUGAGGCAGGACUCCCCACCUCCACCUUCCCUCCCUCCCACCCACCCCCAUCGUCGCUCCCCUCUCUUCCCUAACUCAAGAGAACACUCCCCUCCUGCCUCUCACCCCUUCCCAGAGACAAACRCCAACCCCCAGAAUGCACCACUCUGCCUGCAGGGGUCAGAGGUCAGCACGGUGCAGGAAAAGGGUGGGGGCUGUAGUCCUAUGGAGGAAGAUGGAGGACAGGAGGCUUGGAGAGAAGGUUUACAUGAAGACAGUGUCCAAAUGCACAAACACAACCUUAGUGAUGGCAGCCUUGCAUCUACCUUCCACCCUACCCUCAUCACCCCUCUCCAUCCUACCCCCAUCACCCCUCUCCAUCCUACCCUAAACUCCACCCUCGCCCCCCUCUCUUCCAUGGAUUUCCUGUGUCUGGAGGGGGUGACAGAGUUUGAGUCGGGCACAGACUGGGACAGUCUCCCGGGUCGAGGACCCCCCGGUGACGACGACAUGAGGGAGACAUGGGAAACUCUGCGGGAGCUGGGGGCGUUCCUUCGCCAGGUGAGCGGGGGCGGAGCCAAGGUACCCAGGUGUGUGGGCCAGGUGUGGGGGGAAGGUACGCAGGCGAGGCAGAAGAGAGUCAGGGGUGGCGACAGGCAGAGAGCUAGGGAGGUGGAGGCACGGAUUCGCCAGGCUGGGCUGACACCGCCCUCCCUGAUGAAGCGCUCUGCCUCAUUGGCUAAGCUGGGCUGCUUAGAGCUGUCGGCCAAUGACCUGAGCAAUUGGGAUAUUAGCCCCACCUCUCCGGCGACACCCGCUGUGGAACCCCUCCUUCCUUCCCCAGCGGCUGACGAGUCCUCCAGGAAACUGAGGGGGCUGUUCCACCACGCCCUGCGUCCUUCUGUCUCCACCAGCAGAGCGGAGAGGCCUUGUGAGACUGGACACACCCCCUCAGAACACUUGCAUUCUCCUACGUCCAAUCAAGGCUGGCAGAAGGGGAAACAUCCUGACUCUGGCCAUGCCCCCUCGCUGACGGCUGACCUGAUCUCCGUGGCAACACGACAGCAGUACGGAAGUACACACCCCCUACGUAGACUGAAGAAACGGACUGUCAGCACCCUCUACCACACUAUGUGACCCUCACUGUGUGUGUGUGAGAGAGCGUGAGAGACACAGAGUGAUGAAAGCUGGUCAAACGCCAGCCACUUCCCUUAGCCCCUACCACCUACACUGGCAGAUGAUAGUCAGAUGUGUGUACAUUUACAUUUAAGUCAUUUAGCAGACACUCUUAUCCAGAGCGACUUACAAAUUGGAAAGUUCAUACAUAU